AAAAUGGGGAGAAAGUUGUGUUUGCCAUCCACCAUCUACUUCUUUAAGCAAGAGCUACUCUCAUCUGACUCAAUCCAACACCAUGGUUCACUGGACUGCUGAAGAGAAGGCCGCCAUCAACUCUGUGUGGCAGAAGGUCAAUAUUGAACAGGAUGGACAUGAAGCACUUACCAGGCUGUUUUUAGUCUACCCCUGGACCCAGAGGUAUUUCAGCACCUUUGGAGAUCUCUCCAGUCCAGCUGCAAUUGCUGCCAAUCCUAAGGUGCACGCACAUGGCAAGAAGAUUCUGGGAGCUAUUGACAAUGCCAUCCAUCACCUAGACAACGUGAAGGGCACUCUGCACGACCUCAGUGAAGAACAUGCUAACCAACUGCAUGUGGAUCCUGAGAACUUUAGGCGUCUUGGAGAAGUGUUGGUUGUUGUCCUGGCUGGCAAACUGGGAUCUGCCUUUAGCCCUCAAGUCCAGCAUGCAUGGGAGAAGUUCAACAAUGUCCUGGUUGAUGCUCUUAGCCACAGCUAUCACUAAACUACAACAUGAACAGAAAGCAGCAUAGUUUUUGCUGAGGCUGUGUAAUGUGUGUUCCAUUUUCAGCACAUGUAAUAAAAACAAAAACCUGAUAAAAGCUC